GUUCAAGACAAGGACGCAUAGAUGUCACAAUCGCAUGGGCAGCAUCCUCGCCGGCAAGGGGUGAAGUUACCAUUCGCCUUGCAAAAAGAGCUCGGACUCGAGGCGAAACAGUCAAAUGGCGGGCGACGACAACAUGGCGCAGUAAGGAACAGGAAAGAGCAGCGCAAGACUGAGAGACAAGAGAAGAGGCAGAAUCGAGGAGGAUCAAGAUCGUACGGGCCGACGAGGGCCGCGAUCGUAUAUCGCGAUUCUGAUAAUGAAGACCUGGACGAGAGCGAGGAUGAACCUGUGUCUGCGCCCGCUGCUGCGAAGAGCACAGCGAGUGCAGUUGCUAGAAAGGUGGAAAAGAAGCCGAAGAGUAUUUUGAAGAGAUCAAGACAAUUCUCGCCGGCUUCCUCAGUGUCUUCGAGCGAUUCGCGAUCACGGUCUUCGUCACCUGGUCUGGUUCUCGAUGCUUCGUCGAAAGCAUUUAGGGAGCGUGCGGCGCAGGAUGAUGCAGAAAUUGGAUCGCUUGAGAAGAAGCUUGGACUAAAGAAGAAAACUUUGCCGAAAUCCUUCGAGGAUGAUGGUCUGGAUGAUCUGCUUGAGGGUCUGGAGGAGGAGGAAGAUCGAGGUGUGAAAAGAAAGAGCGACGGUGAUGAGUGGCUUGAGCGUAAGAGACGGAAAGCACUACAGCAGCAGGAGAGCGACGAAGAAGAGUACCUAGACAUCGAGGGUAGUGAUGAGGAGUUAGAUGGACUCGAAGACUCUGAAGAGGAAGAGGAUGUUUUGUCCGGUGAGGACGACCUUGGACUCGACCUCGAUGAGGAGGGACUGUCUGACGAACAGCUUAGCGAGAACGACGAAGAUGAUGAGGGCGAUUUCGGAGGAUUCAGCGCUGAGGAGGAAGAAACACCUGAGGUCCAACCCAAGAAAGUACGCGAGAAUCCCUACGUGGCGCCAACAACUUCCAGUACACCCUCUGCGAAAUAUGUCCCACCAUCUCUGAGAAAAGCACAAAUUUCGGAAGGAGCAUCGCUUGAGAGGCUGAAGCGGCAACUCCAAGGACACCUUAACAAGCUCACUGAAGCCAAUCUCGUCUCAAUACUAGGUGAAAUUGAGAAGGUUUAUCAGUCGAACCCCAGACAAGAUGUUACCUCUGUUCUGAUUGAGCUGCUUCUGGCGCGGUUGUGCAACAAGUCAGCGCUUCAGAACACCUUCGUCAUCCUCCAUGCUGCUUUUGCUUCAGCAGUCUACAAGGUCGUUGGAGUGGAUUUUGGUGCGGAUCUGCUCUCACAAUUGGUGGAUCAAUUCGAUCAGUACCACAAGGAUCUUGAGACGGGGAAAGAAUCUCUGAAUCUGAUCAGCAUGCUCUCCAACCUGUUCACUUUCAAUGUCGUCAGCAGUGCGAUUAUCUUCGACCACAUCAGACUAUUGUUGGAAAGACUGACUGAAACCAAUACUGAAGUACUUCUACGGCUGGUUCGUGAUUGCGGACCUCAGCUGAGACAAGACGACCCGUCUUCGCUGAAAGCCAUUGUGCAACUCAUGCAGAAGGAGGCUGCGCGAAUGAAUUCGAACGGAGAACACAUGAGCGUGAGGACGAAGUUCAUGAUCGAAACGAUGACAGACCUGAAGAACAACAAAAUGAAGGCUGCGACGAACAACGCAGGUCUCUCGAGUGAGCAUAUCACGCAAAUGCGGAAGGCACUUGGAAGUCUCAACAACCGCGCUCUCAGAGCCUCUGAGCCGCUGCGGAUUACCCGGGACGAUAUCAAGAAUAGUGACAAGAAGGGCAAAUGGUGGCUUGUCGGCGCGAGCUGGAAAGGGAAUGGGCUAACGUCAACAGCAGAUCAGGUUGUUGAGGCUGACGUGGGUGUGGACGACGAGCCCCUAGAAGCCGGAGAUGAUUCAGUUGAUCUAGUUGCUCUGGCUCGACAGUAUGGCAUGAACACGGAUGUCCGGCGUUCAAUCUUCGUUGCACUAUUGUCGGCCGUAGAUUUCAAGGAUGCGCACGUCAGACUCAUGAAGCUUCGUCUCAAGCAGAACCAGCAGCAGGAAAUCCCUAAGGUUUUGCUUCGGUGUGCAGCGGGGGAGAAUCCUUACAACCACUACUACACUCUCGUAGCGAAGAGACUAUGCCUGGACAAACGGAUGCGCAAAGCAUUCCAAUUUGCACUUUGGAGCUUCUUCAGAAGGCUGGGCGAGAAUCCAGACGAGGAAGAUGACGAUCACGAAGAAGAGCAGAAUGUCGAGAUGAGCGAGAUCGCCAACCUGGCGAAGCUUUAUGCCCAUCUCAUACUUGAUGGAGCCACAACAAUCGGCGUGCUAAAGGUGCUUGAUCUGGCCUAUAUCAAGGAGCGAACGAGCAUGUUUGUCGAACUUUUGCUGGUCAUGAUCAUCACAGAAGCCAAGUCGCCUCACGACGACUCGUUGGUCAGAGUGUUUGACCGAGCCGUUGAGACACCGCAGGUCAUUAAGAGGUUGCAGUACUUCAUCAAGAAAUACGUGCGUAAUUCCGACUUGGUUUCGAGCCGGGACAAAGACACUGUCAAACGAGGAUGCAAGAUCGCAGUGAACACUCUUGAUCGACUUGAGAACAUGGCAGGUGUCGACGAAUGAACCUGUUCCUUUACAGGCAUCCCUUCACCGCGUGUGUGACAUGCAAGAAGCAGCCUGGUCGCCAUAUACAUCUUCAACCCAUCGGAAUGUCGAGUAGGUAGGCAAUCCUCGCCAGCACUGUGCUCCUGAAGGGGCAACCUGCUCCUGCUGACAGUGGUGGCCUCUCGGUUUCUCGUUAUUUCGCUAUACAGAGCUCUGAAAGAGGCUGCACGUUUGCAGGCAAGCACCAUCAAAAACCGCCAGGGCUCUGUUCGACUGGGUGUUUGGGCACUCCUCGUUGCCGUUUGGCUCGCGGAGUAUUUAACAC